CCCCCUAGUCCUAUCCCAGAGGUUUGAGUAUUUAUGUUAAUAAAGGAUGGAGAUUUUCUUCUCGGUGCGGUCACACCCCCUUCACAACUUCCAAUCCCUCGGCAGCGAUGGGAAGACUGGCAUUAAUCAAGGUCUGCCCCGUCCCCACUCCGAGGUCAGUCCUCCGAUGCUGUCGCUGCUGAGACUUUUUUGGGGAAUUUAGGGUGUUCCGGGACUUGGUGUUGAGAUGGAGCAGGUGGAGGAAGCUAACCGAGCUGCUGUGGAGAGCUGCCAGAGUCUCCUGAGCCUGCUUUCCCAGUCUCAGGAUCAAGUCCAGUAUAGGAAUCUGAUGGCGGAGACAGGGGAGGCUGUUUCAAGGUUCAAGAGAGUGGCCUCAAUGCUCAGUGAUGGUGUGGGUCACGCAAGGGCGAGGAUUGCGAAGAGAGUCCAAUCCCCCUUCAACCACAAGGUUUUACUAGAUCAUCCAUUGGCAUUGUCUGUGAUGGAGCCUUCCCCCAAGCCUCUCCAACUCCUGCCAAGAAGUCUGUCAGAUACCUCAGCACCAGAGUUGGAUUCCAGUGCUAAAAAUCCACAGCAGCUCACCCAAAACCAAAAGAUCUUACUUGAGAACCCAGGGCUGGAUUUGAACUCUUCUUCUUCUUCAAGGAGCGCUCUCCAGCUUGCACCACAGGGUCCUCCAACGGCAGCCCAUUUGCAGUUCCUACAACAGCAGCAGAGCAACCACAGGUUUCAGCUCCAGCAGCAGAUUAAGUUGCAGGCUGACUUGUUCAGGAGGAGCAAUAGUGGCAUCAACCUCAAGUUUGAAAGCUCGAGCUGCACGCCGACCGUGUCGUCGGCGAGGUCCUUCCUGUCGUCGCUGAGCAUGGAUGGCAGUGUGGCCGGCUUGGAUGGGAAGGCAUUCCAUCUGAUUGGCGGAGCAGCGGCAUCUGAUCCAGUGAGCACGCAUCUGCCUCCAAAGAGGAGGUGUUCAGGCAGAGGGGAGGAUGGGAGUGGAAAAUGCGCGACGACCGGCAGAUGCCACUGCUCGAAGAGGAGGAAGCUGAGAAUCAAGAGAUCCAUUAAGGUGCCUGCUAUCAGUAACAAACUUGCUGACAUCCCGCCCGAUGAGUAUUCAUGGAGGAAGUAUGGACAGAAACCAAUCAAGGGUUCUCCUCAUCCUAGGGGAUACUACAAAUGCAGCAGCAUGAGGGGCUGCCCUGCAAGGAAGCACGUCGAGAGGUGCCUGGAGGACCCCUCAAUGCUCAUUGUUACUUACGAAGGCGAGCACAACCACACCAGGUUGCUCGCCCAGUCUGCCCAAAUCUAAGAGGCAUUAGAGCUCUCCACCAGCAGCCAGCCCAGCUGCUGCUCCAUCUGCAUCCCAGCCUCAUUUUGGGGUGACCGAACCAACCGCUCCUGUAUAUGCUUACUUUUCUAUUAGCUAAAGAUCGAGGCAGUGGAGCAGUUGCUGAUGUGGGUUAGUCUCUCGGAUCCUGCAAGCUUUCCAAUAUGAAGAGGGAGCAUACAAGAGGAUACUCCCUGUCGAGCCACGUAGAAAUGCUACCUACCUCAGUAAUGGUUGAAGGAAGCGAACAAAGAACUCUUUCCUUGCUCAAUUCACAUCUCAUACCAUCACUGCAACCAUGUUCAAAAGCAGUUGGAUGGAAGGUAUAUAGCAGACCUUUUUUGAGACGACAAUAGGCAUUUUGUAAUCUUGGAAGGGAAUGGUAGCAUUUCAUGUUGCUCAAAUUUGUUCUCUCCUUUGCUUUCAUUCAGUGGUUUAUCUCAA